AGCUCCUAUAAAUUUAAAAAGAGAAGAGGGAGGCCUUACCACCACCUACUCUUACUGGAGAGUUUGUCUUUCUUUUGUUUCUCAGUUGAGAGCGUUUGGCCCCGCGGCAUUAGCAACCCAAUUUCAGCAUCCUUAUCUGAAUAUUCAACUAUCUCCAUGGCCAACAAUCCUUCACAGCUGUUACCAUCAGAGCUCAUUGACAGGUGCAUAGGGUCUAAGAUAUGGGUGAUAAUGAAGGGAGACAAGGAGCUCGUUGGUACUCUUAGGGGCUUCGAUGUCUAUGUCAACAUGGUCCUCGAAGACGUCACUGAAUAUGAGAUCACUGCUGAAGGGAGACGGAUAACAAAGCUUGAUCAGAUUUUACUAAAUGGAAACAACAUUGCUAUUCUGGUCCCUGGUGGUUCGCCUGAUCCAGAAUGAGUGCAGUUGACCUCAACUCUGUUAUUAAUUUCCUCCUCUUCUACUGUGGUUGGGUCAGAUAACUCUGUUUUAAUGAGAAUUCGGACCACUAAGAUGCUCUUUUUUCCACCACUUUGUUAUUCACUUGAUAGCAUGGUUGUUAGAUAAUGGUGGUGGGUUUGUCAAUGAUUAUGGAUUAUGAUGGAUUGUGUUUGUCCUAAUAGUUUGUUUUGCUAAUCAUAUUUAAUGUGCGGCUCUA